CCCCGUGGAGAAACCCGGCGUCUCCUGGCCGCCCUGAGAGUGGCGUCACCGGAUGGGGCGGGCAGCCAGCAUCUCUUCCGGGCGGCCGCUGCUUGACGUUGAGGAGUUGUGGGGUAGGGUACGCUGAAGAAUGUCGGGAAGCUUCUACUUCGUGAUAGUUGGCCAUCAUGACAACCCUGUGUUUGAGAUGGAAUUCCUGCCUCCUGGAAAAGCAGAGUCCAAGGAUGAUCAUCGCCAUCUCAACCAGUUCAUCGCCCACGCUGCUCUUGACCUAGUAGAUGAGAACAUGUGGCUUUCUAACAACAUGUACCUGAAGACCGUAGACAAGUUUAAUGAAUGGUUUGUUUCUGCUUUUGUCACAGCUGGACAUAUGAGAUUUAUAAUGCUUCAUGAUGUAAGGCAAGAAGAUGGAAUUAAGAACUUCUUUAACGACGUGUAUGACUUGUAUAUAAAGUUUGCAAUGAACCCUUUUUAUGAACUCAAUUCACCAAUUCGAUCCAGUGCCUUUGAAAGGAAAGUGCAGUUCCUUGGGAAGAAGCACCUUUUGAGCUGAAUAAAUCACUUUCCUGAGUGAGCCCUUUUCCACACUUCCCUGAUUUGAACUGUAGUUCCUGCUAGUUCUCAGCAUGUUGGGUAUCCAAUCUUCCUGAAGACUGACAAAUUGGAUGCUGAAGCAACUUUUCUUCCUGUUGAUACAGCUAAAACAGCCAGAUUCUCUGGUUAAUAAAUGUAUAUUAAGGAGUUUAUGUCUUACAAAAACUAAGUGUCUGGGCUGAAUAGGUACAAAGUGAGGUACAUCAGUGCACGUACAACAUGUAAGCCUCUUAGAGAGUGUGAGAGAACAUCUGCUCUAAACACUGAAGACAUCUUUUGUGAGCUGAUUUAAUAUGAGCAAAAGGGUAUUUUUUUUUUACUUUUUUUGGCCUAAGUAGAUCAUUCUGUUGAGUACUUUUCUACUUAGUCUUUUGCUAGAGAAUGUACUCUGCAGGCUAACUGUACCCUUCACAUUAAAUAAGAUAUAUAUUAAACUUCUAAUAUAGUGGAUGUAUUAUGAAGCCUUCAAUAAAAGGAAGAUCUUAUCAGCAUUUUGGCAAGUCUUACUUUAAAAAAAGAACUUCCAAGGUUUGUUUUUUAGCUUAAAGUUAUGAAUAUCUCACGUUUAGCACAGCAGAUGUUUAGAGCUGCAGUGUUGCAUGAAUGAAAUGCACAAAAUAGAUCAAAUGAGCUGCCUGCAGCGACUACCAAACUAUUUCACACGUGGGGAAAAACCAACCCAAACCCAACAACUGAACUUAGUGUUUAAUCCCAUAUCUUCCCAUUAUCUCUGCAAGUGCUGAAGUACAUUUUCUAAAGGGGUAUUUUUUUCUACUGGGAUCUUUGAACCUCCUGUAAGAUUUCAGAAGGGUUUAGUUGGGCCUCUUUGGCUCCAAUGUCAUUGCAGAACGUGGUUAUGUACUUUUUCUUGCAAAAACUCCAUUUCAAACUACUGAUUUUUAGAGGGGUCAUUCAGCGUCUACAUGUCUGACAUUUUGGCUGGUCUCACAAUCUUUCAUGAAAUCUGUUUCUUUCAGCAUAAGAGGUCUGAUAAGCAAUUUCCAAAGGAAGUGGUGCACUAUUUAAAAAAUAAAUAAAUACAUUUUGUGUCGUUUGUGUAUCAAAGGACCGCAUAUGCAGGCACUUUAUGUAUAACCAGUUAUUUCUUUGUAAUCUAUACAUACUGCUGAAGCAUCACUGUAAAAUAUUCCCUGUGAAAAGCAACACUGUAAUAUAAAGAAUGUGAUAUUUACCUUAAAUAAAAGGUGGACUAAUGCAGAA